GUGUGUUGUUGUGCUCUUCAACCCUAGAAAAAAUAAACAGCACCAUAUUCUAAACAGUUCCAGGAAAACAAUUACAGCACUUGCUUUCUCUCCAGAUGGAAAAUAUUUGGUUACAGGAGAGAGUGGACACAUGCCUGCAGUUCGGGUAUGGGAUGUGGCUGAGCGAACCCAGGUGGCUGAGCUCCAGGAGCACAAGUACGGUGUGGCCUGUGUGGCUUUCUCCCCCAGCUCCAAGUACAUUGUUUCAGUGGGGUACCAGCAUGACAUGAUUGUCAAUGUGUGGUCAUGGAAGAAAAACAUUGUAGUGGCAGCCAACAAGGUCUCAAGUAAAGUGACAGCAGUGUCAUUCUCGGAGGACUGCAGUUACUUUGUUACUGCUGGAAAUCGGCAUAUCAAGUUCUGGUACCUGGAUGACAGCAAAACCUCCAAGGUCAAUGCCACAGUACCCUUGCUAGGUCGCUCAGGAUUGCUUGGAGAGCUGAGGAACAACUUCUUUGCAGAUGUGGCUUGUGGACGGGGCAAAAAAGCUGACAGCACCUUCUGUAUCACAUCCUCAGGGCUGCUCUGUGAAUUCAAUGAAAAAAGGCUGCUAGACAAGUGGGUGGAGCUGAGGACCACUGUGGCAAACUGCAUCUCUGUGAAUCAUGACUAUAUCUUCUGCGGCUGCGCUGAUGGCACCGUGCGGAUUUUUAACCCUCUGAACCUUCACUUUGUCACCACCCUGCCGAAGCCACACUUCCUGGGAACAGACAUCGCGAGCGUGACUGAGGCCAGCCGUCUUUUCUGUGGUAUGGCUGAUGCGAAGUAUCCAGACACUAUUGCCUUGACCUUUGACCCCAGUAACCAGUGGCUUUCCUGUGUAUACAAUGACCACAGCCUGUAUGUGUGGGAUGUCAAAGACCCGAAGAAAGUGGGCAAGGUGUACUCUGCUUUGUACCACUCUUCCUGUGUGUGGAACAUUGAGAUGUAUCCAGAGGUGAAGGACAACAAUCAGCCAUGCCUCCCCCCUGGUUCUUUCAUCACCUGCUCCUCUGACAACACCAUCCGCCUGUGGAACACAGAAAGCUCCAACAUCCAUGGCACAGCUCUGCACCGCAACAUCCUCAGCAAUGACUUGAUGAAAAUCAUCUAUGUAGAUGACAACACUCAGGUACUUCUGGAAUCAGCAGGAAGUGCAGACAAAGCUGAUGCACAAGUGAUGGAUACGAAGGUGGGGAUACGCACUGUGUGUGUCAGUCCCAGUGGGGAGCACCUGGCCUCGGGAGACAGGAUAGGCACCCUCAGGAUAUAUGAGUUGCAGUCUCUGAAGGAAAUGCUGAAGGUGGAUGCCCAUGACUCUGAGAUCCUAUGUCUGGAAUACUCCAAACCUGAUACAGGUUUAAAGCUCUUAGCCUCAGCCAGUCGGGAUAGAUUGAUUCAUGUCUUGGAUGCUGGAAAAGACUAUAGCCUGCAGCAGACCCUGGAUGAACAUUCUUCUUCCAUCACUGCAGUGAAGUUUGCAGCCAACGAUGGGAAAGUGCGAAUGAUAAGCUGUGGGGCAGACAAGAGCAUCUAUUUCCGCACUGCACAGAAGACGGGAGAAGGGGUUCAGUUCACCCGAACGCAUCACAUUGUUAGGAAGACCACUCUGUAUGACAUGGAUGUGGACCCCAGCUGGAAAUACGCAGCUAUUGGAUGCCAGGAUCGUAACAUCAGGGUUUUCAACAUAAGCAGUGGGAAGCAGAAGAAGCUUUACAAGGGAUCCCAAGGUGAAGAUGGCACCCUUAUCAAAGUGCAAACAGAUCCCUCUGGUCUUUAUAUUGCAACCAGUUGUUCUGACAAGAACCUUUCCAUCUUUGAUUUCUAUUCUGGCGAGUGUGUUGCGACGAUGUAUGGGCAUUCAGAGAUUGUAACUGGGAUGAAAUUCAGUAAUGACUGCAAACAUCUGAUCUCUGUUUCUGGUGACAGCUGUAUCUUCAUCUGGCGACUGAGCUCAGAGAUGACCAUCAACAUGCGGCAGCGCCUGUCUGAUAUGAAACAGAGAGGGAAGCAGGCAGAGAAGUCUCCUACUCACAAGGCAGCUGGACUCAUGAGGCACGAGUCCAUCUCUGCCCUGUCCUCUGUGCCUGCGCUCUCAUCAGACAGUGACAAGGAUGGUGAAGAUGAAGGGAAUGAUGAGGAUGAGUUACGUGGACUGCAGUCUUUCCAUAUUCAGUCCAACUGCAACACUGAGAGAGACUCAGAUCCAGACCUUACCCUCUCAAGAAGCCUUUCCCAUUGGGAAAUGAGGAGGGCCAAAGAGAUAGUGGCAAUCCAGCGCUCAGAGGCACCAAUGAGCAAGAUGCCCCGGCAACGUGGGCGCUGGUCCCAGCCAACCAGCAGCAUAGAGAUGACUGUGAAAUCCAUGCUUGACUUGAGACAGUUGGAAUCCUUCUCUGUUUCCCGCUCUCCAAGUCGAGACUCGCUGUCUCAAAACAGCAAUGGGGAUGACAGAGAAGAGCAUGCUGAUCUUCCUGGGCAUGUCAACAAAGUUGGCAGCUCAAUACCUCCCCAAGAUAAUGGGUCUUGCAUGCGACCCCAAGUGAUUCAGCUCGUGUCUUGUGAAGACGGGAUUUUCUCUCAGGAACUGGAACCUUCUGAGAGUGAGGAAUGUGUAAUCUACCCUGAGCAAGAUGAAAUCCAUCCCACAGACUCUAGCAGUGAGUUUCAGGUUAAAGCAUUGCCCCAUGGGAAACAAAGUCGAGGUUAUCACAGUAAUGGAUGCCCAGACAAACACAGUCCAGACAGUGCCUGCUCUGUAGAUUACAGCAGCAGUCGUCUAUCCAGCCCAGACCAUCCAAAUGAAGAUUCUGAAAGCACUGAGCCCCUAAGUGUAGAUGGUGUUUCAGACCUGGAGGGAGAUGAAGGAGAGGAGGAUGUAGGUACUAGCAUGCCGGAGGGAGACAUUCCCCAGACACCUGAUCAGGAAAAGUUCCUCAAGGAGCAUUUUGGGACCCUGUGCAACACUGAUGAAAAAG